GCCCGCACCAGCGAAGCCCAAUUUUCCAGAGCCGUGCCGCCGCCGCAGCCGCCGUCCCAACGAGCUGCGACCCAAAGUCUGCUGCGGCCUGCUGCCGGCGGCCGGCCGAGCGAUCCUCCGAGACCCCGGCCCCAUGCCGCCGUCGGCCGAGCUCCACACGGACGCGGGGUCGGAGUCGGAGUCGGAGGAGUUUGAGGACGAUGGCGUCGAGACGGACGACGACGAAGGAGCGGGGCCGGAGUCGUCGGAGGAUGGCGUGGAGACGGGCGGCGACGAAGGAUUCGGGUCGGGGUCGGAGGAUGGCGUCGGGACGGAAGACGACGGAGCCGGGGAGGGGCAUGAUGGCCGCGCCGGGGCUAGGGUUCCGGAUGCGGCGGCGGGGUGCGAUGGAGGCGUGGAGGCAGGGACGCCUGCUGCCUGCUGCGUGUGCAUGGAGCCCUGGACCUGCUCCGGCGCGCACCGCAUCUGUUGCAUUCCCUGCGGGCAUGUGUAUGGCAGGUCAUGCCUGGAGAGGUGGCUGCGGCGCUGUGGUAGUAGGAGUGCAAAGUGCCCCCAGUGUGGUGAACGAUUUGAGCUCAGGCAUAUUACUAACCUCUAUGUACCAGAAAAUCUAUGGGAUGAUUGUUGCCGUGUUGAGAUUCACAAGUUGAUGGAGAAAGGUAAGGCUGCAUUUAAUGAAUUGAUCCACAAGCACAUACCAGAGCUUCGGUCUGAACUUCAGAAAGUGUAUCAGAAGCAGCUGGACCAUGAUGUAGGGGCGAUGGUUGAAACAUUUGUGUCAACGAAGGAGCAGAUGAAGAAGAUGGCGGAACAGAAUGCAACGCCCAUGGAUCUGAUAGAGUUCAUGGAGCAGUCCUGCAGUCAACUGCCGAUUCCAAGUAGAUAUAGCCCGCCAGAAGACCGGGCCAGUGAAUGAAGUUAUAAGUGGCCGGAUGAGGCUGUUUAAUUUGCCGCUGUAGUGAACGGCUAUUGCUGUAUGGAUGGGAUGCGCUGAUUGCAUUGUAGGCUCGGUCUGUACUGUACCAGUCUGGUUUGUGUCUGUCGUGGUCAGCCUUACUGAAGACCUGUACGUUGGUGGCCCUGUUAAUAUGAUCGAUCAAGCUGUAGGUACUUGGUGCGCUGAUGAGUAGUAUGCGUUUACAAUGCAAGUGACCUGAACAUGUGAUAUGUCUAUGUAUUGGGUUUGAUCAUAUUAUUAUGGGUCGUGGUGGUACCUGUCUCU